GAUGGUAGACGCUCAGAUCCGAGAAGGCACCUUUAAGAUUGUCUCUUCGGAUCCAGGAUGGUAAAAAAAAUACAUGGUGCCAUGGGUUUGAAUAGUCAGUUGAAGUGAAUACAUUUAUUCACUACCUUGGACACCCUGGAAGGAAAAUGCAACAUAUUCCUCCAAAUGGUUGGGACUCUAACCAUCCAUGCAUGCCCAUAAUAAAAAGCAGAACGACUUUACCGACGCUGCCCCUUUGUAACUUCCUGUUAUGGGUUCUGCUGGGGGUUCUUACCUUCCCCUGCUGUGUUCACUGUCUAAUAUUCAAAGUGGGGGUUUUGGGGCCUUGGAACUGCGACCCUGUUUACUUCAGGGCCCUUCCCACCGCAGCGGCCAGACUCGCUGUGAGCAGGAUCAAUGGAGACCCCGGUCUGGAUCUGGGUCUAACGAUGGACUUCAUUAUUCUGCAGGAGCCCUGCGAAACCUCCAAAGCCCUGACGGCUUACAUUUACUAUGACGGUGCAGCGGACGCGUUUGUGGGUCCCACCAACCCUGGAUACUGCAUCGCUGCUUCUCUGCUGGCAAAAAACUGGGAUAAGGCGCUGUUCUCCUUCAGCUGCGUCACCUACGAGCUGGAUCGCACCAUUGGAUACCCAACCUUUGCACGGACUGUCCCGUUUUCCGUGGACGUGCUGUUCACAGUGUUUAAGCAUUUCAGAUGGGCCGGCUCCGUGGUGAUCUCCUCUAAUGAAGACCUCUGGAUAGACACUGCUGGGAGGGUGGCUGAUGGACUGAGGAGGAAGGGGCUUCCUGUGGCUCUGGUCUCAGCUAUGGGUCUGAAUGAUACUGAGGUGGAGCGCACGCUGAGAAAGAUCCAAAGUGCAGGAGAAAUAAGGGUUAUCGUAAUGUGUAUGCACUCCAUCCUGGUUGGUGGCAGCUACCAGGCCACUUUUCUCACAAAGGCACACAAGAUGGGGAUGACUUCAGGGAAGUACGUGUUUGUGCCCUACGAUACUCUCCACUACAGCUUGUCCUACAGCAACGUCUCCCACUUCCCUCUCCAAAAUGACAGUCUUCUGAGGGAGGCCUACGAUGCUGUCCUCACCAUCACUGUGGCCUCUGAGCAGCAGUCUUUCAAUGAGGCGUUCAAUGCAGCCAAGACAAGCCAGGAGAUGUUUCUGCCAGUGCAAGCUGAGCAGGUUAACCCUCUGUUUGGAACCAUCUACAACAGCAUCUACCUGCUGGCCAGGUCAAUUCAUAAUGCCAGGAAAGCAGGCAUGCGCCUUUCAGGAUCAAAUCUGGCCUACUUCACCAAGAACACAAGUUUUAAUGGCUUCAAUCAGAAGGUUCAGGUGGACUCAAGCGGGGAAGUUAAGACCAACUACGUCGUCUUGGACUCUGACAAAAGAAGCAGUCAGCUGUACCAGGCCUACUAUGUGGACCUAAAGGCAGGGGUGCUUCGUUUUGCAGGGAGAUCUAUCCAUUUUCCAGGAGGCUCCCCUCCAACAGCAGACUCCCGCUGUUGGUUUGAUAAGAACGUCAUUUGCACAGGAGGUGUGGAGGUGUCUUACAUAAUAAUAGUGUUGGCUGUGAUCCUUUGUUUGGCUGUUGGAGGACUCUUCAUAACUCUUUACAUCAGGAGACGACUUCAACAAAUACAGCUGAUCAAAGGACCCAAUCGGAUCCUGCUAACUUUAGAAGAUCUCACUUUUAUCAAUCCUCAGCUCAGCAAAAAGAAAAUUACUUUAGAGGACCUGAGUGAGUCCAGGAGUGCUCUGGAUGAAAAGUCUGCAGACCCCUCCCACUCUGUAAACAGCAUGCAAACCGCAACACACGAGAAUUCAAAUGUUGCUGUGUAUGAGGGUGACUGGGUUUGGCUGAAGAAAUUUGAGGAAGGCCAAUUCAAAGAGAUGAAACAAAGCACAACCAAGAUUUUCACAAAGAUGAAGGACCUAAGAAAUGAGAAUGUAAAUCCCUUCCUGGGCUUUUUUUUGGACGGCUACAUGUUUGCUGUGGUGACAGAGCACUGCUCACGUGGCAGCCUGCAGGACCUGCUUAGGAACGAAGAUGUUAAAUUAGACUGGAUGUUUAAGUCCUCACUUUUACUUGAUCUUAUUAAGGGAAUGAAAUAUCUUCACCACAGAGAUUUCCCCCACGGCCGACUUAAAUCUAGAAACUGUGUGGUGGACGGGCGCUUUGUUCUCAAAAUUACAGACUAUGGCUUCAAUGAGCUGCUAGAGUCUCAGAAAGCUCCCUUUGAAGAACCCCCACCAGAAGAGCAAUUCUGGACCGCCCCUGAGUUUCUCAGGGACUUUUCAAAUUACCGCAAAGGAACCUACAAAGGAGAUGUUUACAGUUUUUCUAUAAUCCUUCAAGAGGUGGUAGUGAGAGGGCCACCGUACUGCAUGCUGGAUUUACCCCCUGAAGAAAUCAUCCGUAAAGUAAAAAAGCCUCCGCCAAUGUGCCGUCCUACAGUCGCACCGGAUCAGGCUCCACUUGAAUGUAUCCAGCUAAUGAAGCAGUGCUGGAGUGAACAGCCUGACCGCAGACCAACUUUUGAUGAGAUAUUUGACAGGUUCAAGAUCAUAAACAAGGGCAAGAAGACCAAUAUCAUAGACUCCAUGCUGAGGAUGCUGGAGCAAUACAGCUCUAACCUGGAAGAUCUGAUCAGAGAGAGAACAGAAGAGCUGGAGGUGGAAAAGCAGAGAACAGAAAAGCUGCUUUCUGAGAUGCUUCCACCUUCUGUUGCUGAGGCUCUCAAGACUGGCGCUACAGUGGAGCCAGAGUACUUCGAUCAGGUGACAAUCUACUUCAGCGACAUUGUGGGUUUCACAACCAUCUCCUCGCUCAGUGAUCCGAUUGAAGUGGUUGAUCUUCUGAAUGACCUCUACACGCUGUUUGAUGCUGUACUCAGCAACCAUGAUGUCUACAAGGUGGAGACCAUUGGGGAUGCUUACAUGGUAGCAUCGGGCCUGCCGAAGAGGAACGGCAACAAGCAUGCUGCAGAGAUUGCCAACAUGUCUCUGAACAUCCUCAGCUCGGUGGGCUCCUUCCACAUGCGACACAUGCCAGAUGUGCCCGUCAGAAUACGAAUAGGAAUUCACUCAGGGCCCUGUGUUGCUGGGGUUGUAGGACUAACCAUGCCUCGGUAUUGCCUUUUCGGAGACACCGUCAACACUGCCUCUCGUAUGGAAUCCACUGGGCUGCCUUAUAGAAUCCAUGUAAAUUAUAGCACUGUGAAGAUCCUUCAUUCUCUCAAUGAUGGGUAUAAAAUAGAAGUCAGAGGCAAAACAGAACUGAAGGGUAAAGGUAUAGAGGAGACAUACUGGCUUGUGGGGAAAACCAACUUUACAAAACCUUUGCCAAAACCACCAGAAAUACGACCUGGGGACAACUGGCAGGAGAUGGUGACGGAGGAGAUCAAGACUCAUUUCCGCAAGGCCAAUAGGCAGGUGGACAAAAAAAUCUGAAACACUGAGAGAGAGAGGAGCAAAAUAAAUCAAGGAAGGACCAACAGAUGAGUGCAGGAAGGAGGCAUUCAGAUAAGGCGUAAGAAGAAGAGCUACAAGAGGCAAUCAGAGGACUGAGAGCAGCACCCAGCCUCUCGCUGUGGCUUAAUGCAGACUUGUUUAAGAGGAUUGUUCAUCGACUGGCUAAUCUUCCUGCAGCCAGCACAGCAGAACAUGACGGUGCUAAUGUAAUGAGUGGUCACAUCAUCUGCCUGCCUACCUGCUGCCAACAAGUACUCGGUCCUUAAUGAAGGAUGAACUCGUUCAUUCCUCUCUGCAAUCACUGGCCACUACGUGGUCCAAUACUCAGGGCAACCGGAGGUUCACCCAUCCGCAGAGCGAACGCCCCAAACGCCUAUUUCAAAGUAAAACAUUACAAUGAAAGCUGUUUUAGUCGAGCUGCAGUGCCCAGCCUGUUAUGUACCUGUUAAAUCAAUAUUAUGUGUUA